AAGCAGGAGAGGCGAUUGUCACAACGACCAGUACCAGUAGCGCCAAUUGAUAAUAAUUUAUAUUAAGUUGCGUUUCGCUAUCCCAAUUUCUGCAGUCAAAGGCAAGAAGCCGAGCAUUGGGGAACUACCAUUCGUGCGGUGCGUAAUUCAUUACUAGAAAUAUGAUUCUAAUUCAUUAGUUACAUGUCAUUUGUUGAAAAAAUCACACUAUAUUUGGCGGAGUAUACUAAUUUGCGAGUUAGUCAAAUGAUUGGACGGAAGCCUCUAUUAAAGAGUUUAAUUUGCAGCGUAUAGUUUCAAACAUACCAACAUGAGCCAAACUCAGGAAUUUCGAGAAACGGUGCUAACCCAACACAACAAGUAUCGCGAGAUACAUUCAGCUCCUCCACUAGAGCUCUGUGGUAUUCUAUGCGAACGUGCUGAGAAACGGGCAAAUGAACUAACGGAACUUGAUAGCAUGGAUCAUGAGUCCACUGGAGAAAAUUUGUUCAAAUGCGUCGAAAGCAAACUUAGUGGAAAGAAAGUAGUGGAAACCUGGUACGAAGAAAAAAAACUCUUCAAUUACGAUGCACCAUACGACCAUGACCAACAUCGCAGAGCAGGACACUUCGUGCAAGUUAUUUGGAAUGAUUCCCAUCGUCUUGGAGUUGGUUUUGCAACAAAAGAUGAUACAAGCUACGUUGUUUGUUAUUAUGACCCUAGCGCUGACGAAGAAAAAUUCCAUAAUAAUGUAAAUAAACCAAAAGCUAAAUGAGGAUUUUACAACAUUCGCUUAAUAAAUUAUUAUUAG